AUGACGAAUUUAGAAGAUGAAACUUCCGUCCGAUCCGGAAACAGCUGCGGGCUGCUGAGUGAGCAUUCUUACCAGGAGAAAAGAAAGUCGCGAAGCUGGUCCCGAAAUGAGCAGCCUGCGAAGAGUGGAAAAGGAACCCACACAUCGGAAGUGACAACGCAAUGGUUUUGGAAAAUCGUCUCGCUCAUUCGCAACCAGUGCUUUUUCGUUGGUCUGAGCUUCGUCCUUGUGGUAGCCUCACAGGUCCAGGUUCCGCUAGCACAGCAGCAACUGAAGGAGACUGUGGUCACAUACCUUUGUGUAUCUGUCAUCUCCUUCGUGACUGGGUGCACCUUAUCCUUGGACGUACUCCUGCAGGACGCCUCACGAUGGCGCCUCCAUAUAUUUUGUCAAUUUCAAUCUUUCAUUCUAAAUUCUGCGAUUGUCUUCGGUGUCGUCUCUGCGUGUGCUUUGAAUCCCGAAUUCAUGGACGCCGAAAUUCUGGUCGGCCUCAUCUUGACUGGUUGUAUGCCGACUACGAUUGCAUCUAACGUAGUGAUGACGAAGCAAGCCAAUGGCAACGAAGCUUUGACCGUUGUUCAAAGUAUCAUAGGCAAUUUCUUGGGGCCCUGCCUAGCUCCACCUCUCAUCUUGAUGUAUCUCAAAAGCGGUGCCUGGUACACAGACUUCGUGCCCAAAAUAGACACUGGGGAUUUUAGUGAUAUGCUCAAAAGAGUAUUCAAGUUACUAGGGCUGUCUAUGUUUUUACCUUUGUUUAUCGGCCAAGCUCUUCGCUAUUCUUUCCCAAAUGCAACAACCAAAAUUUUUACAGACUGGAAGGUCUCUAAGAUCGGCAUUGUAGCUCUGAUACUCCUUUUAUGGCAGACUUUUGAUGGAGCGUGGGCCACAGACGCUUGGAGCACGGUGCCCCGAAGCAAUACGAUAUUCAUGAUCUUCAUAUCAAUCGCAUUUUAUCUAGUCUGGACGGUGAUAUGUUUCUGUUCAUGUCUAAAAAGGUGUAGUAGGGAAGAGGCAGUCGCCGUGGCCUAUAUUGUCCCGGCUAAGACCCCCGCAAUCGCUAUACCAUUGUCUGAAGCCAUGUUUCCCGAUAUCGGAUACAGGGCUGCGUCGAAAUUGCAGCUUCCCAUCGUUAUGACCGCGGGUGUCCAGAACAAGAUAGAAGAAGUAGAUAAGGUAAAUCACGGGGAUCAAGAAAACAGGCAUGACGAAGGUUCAGCAGCGAAAGCCGAGAAGGAGGACUCAGAUGACGAGGAUGAGUUUUUUGACAAAGUUGCAGCAGUAAAGAAGAAGAAGAAGCGAAAGCCCAAGAAAAAGAAAGCCGUAGGCAAGACGCAGACAUCCCCUCCGCGACUAGCUGUUUCGGCUCUCUUUGCGAAUGGAGAGUUUCCAGAAGGCGAGAUAUCAGAAUACCAGAACGACAACAGCUACCGCACAACAAGCGAAGAAAAGCGUCACCUCGAUCGGCUGAACAAUGACUUCCUCCAAGAAUACCGCCAAGGUGCCGAAGUUCAUAGGCAAGUCCGCCAAUGGGCACAAGCAAAUAUUAAACCGGGACAGACUCUGACUGAGAUUGCGGAGGGCAUCGAAGAUAGUGUCCGCGCCUUGACUGGACACCCGGGACUAGAAGAGGGCGACAAUAUCAAGGGGGGCAUGGGCUUUCCCACGGGGUUGAGCAUCAACCAUUGCGCAGCCCACUAUACCCCGAAUGCGGGAAACAAAAUAGUUCUUCAACAGGAUGAUGUAAUGAAAGUCGACUUUGGGGCGCACAUUAACGGGAGAAUUGUGGAUAGCGCAUUUACGAUGACUUUCAACCCGACGUACGAUAACUUGUUAGCAGCAGUGAAGGAUGCAACGAACACUGGUGUGAGACAAGCAGGUAUUGAUAUGCGAGUAGGCGAUAUUGGGGCUGCUAUACAGGAGGUGAUGGAAAGCUACGAGGUGGAGAUUGCGGGUCAGACGCUACCUGUCAAGGCAAUAAAGAAUCUGAAUGGGCACGACAUUGUACAGUACAGCAUUCAUGGCGGAAAAAGCGUGCCGAUCGUGAAGAGUAGCGAUCAGACGAAAAUGGAGGAAGGUGAGAUCUUCGCCAUUGAAACUUUUGGCAGCACCGGUAAAGGUUAUGUGCGAGAUGACGUGAGAGCCCGAGCAAUCCUAAAGAAGGUCUUUCGUUAA